AACCAUUCGUUUGCGGGUGUAUUUAAAAUAAAUUAUAUUGAAAUGUUGUGCUCACUACCUUAUGGUCACUACCACUCAGUAUGAACAAACAAAGAAAACAAAACUAUCUCCAUUUGCUCAUGUUAGUUAUAUCGACAAAUUGCGUUUCAUACCUUUUUCAAAAAAAAAACACUUUUCCGAAUUUCUACUUCAUUUUUGGCGAAAAAAAAAUCAUUUCGAUUCGAUUUCCAUUAAAAAACGCGAUAUGUAAGUGCAUUUCGAAUCGGUUUGUUUUGACCUGCAUCACGUUCAAUCGGUUCGAACUAGCUAGAGCUGGCUCUCUCUGGUGCCGAAUGCUCAAAUCAAUCGAUGUGUUCAUUGGUAUUUUUAUAGGAGUUAUGUCAGGUCUGUUUGAAAUUGAAAGAACAUAAACAAUAAGAAGAAGAAGAAGAGAAAGAGAAAAAAACAACAGCAGCCUAUAACUUGGAACUGUUUGUUUUUCAUCCAAAUAGAUUGUUAAUAAUUUGUCUAAGCAUUAGAGUAUAUAAAAUCAAGUACAAAUGGAUGAAUCACAAAAUCGUUCCAAUAAUAAUUUGGGUGUGACGGACUCACCGCGCCACGGACCAACCCUAUCAACGAGCACAUCCAGCUUCGAAGCGCUCGAAUCAUAUGAUUCCGAACUGAGUCGAUUGGCAACCAAAGCAUUUGAGAAAACAUACACCUAUGUAACCCAUGACAUGAACUCAUCGUUGGACGACUAUAAACUGUUGGAGCAAAUGAAUCGGGCUUGCAUUUCCAAAUAUUCAGACAUGCAACAGAUUAGCGAAAAUUUAGCCACGUCUUCUAUUCAGCUGAAGGAAAAAUUUGAUAAUCUGGUGCCGUACUUAGAGCAAAUCGAUGAUAUUGAAAAAACGGUGAACAAGCUCGAGGAAUGUGCCUACCAAUUGGAUGCAUAUAGUCAAAAACUAGAACAAAAAUUCAAUAAUAUCACAAAAAAGAAAUAGAUUUUGGUUUUCUAUAUAAAAAAAAAAUAACGUUGUUCAAUGAACCGCUUCCGUUUUAUUUAUGUUGAUAACUAAUUAGACGAAGAAAAAAGGAAAUACAAAUUUAACAUUUAAGGAAAUUCAA